CACCUCGCCACCUCAUUCUGCUGGGAAUAAUGGAGGCGGUUUGGGACAGGUGUGUGCGUGUCUGGCAGGUGUGUGUGUCCAUUUGGGAAGUGUUUGUGUCGGCGUGCGAGACCAGUGUAUGUUUGCUGGGCUUGUGUGUGAACAGUUUGGAGCUGGGUUUUCGCCUGGUCCACUGGAUUCCACAUAUUGCGCUGGCCGUGCUGAUCUGGCGCCUCACUCGCAGGAAGAUUCGCUAUCAUGCCAAUGCUGUUCACGAUGGAAAGCAUAUUUCUGAAAACUCUACACGUGGAUUCUUCAGGGGCUUCUAUGGCUCAAGUGUCACACAGCAUGGAAGCCAGCUUAUCACAAUGCAGGCAACACCGGUGAAUCCCACCACAAUGGGUGUGGGGAAGGCCAUUGCUGUCCUUACAUCUGGAGGGGAUGCACAAGGUAUGAAUGCUGCUGUUAGAGCAACAGUACGAGUGGGAAUCUACACUGGUGCUAAAGUCUACUUUGUGCAUGAGGGAUAUCAGGGUCUGGUGGAUGGAGGAGACCACAUCUGCCUAGCAACAUGGGAGAGUGUAUCUAUGAUGCUACAGCUGGGUGGCACGGUGAUUGGCAGUGCCCGCUGUAAGGAUUUCCGCACUAAGGAGGGCCGCACUAAAGCAGCGUGUAACCUGGUGAAGCUGGGUAUCACUAAUCUGUGUGUGAUUGGCGGAGACGGCAGCCUGACUGGAGCCAAUGAAUUCCGCUCCGAAUGGAGUGAGCUGCUCCAGAUCCUGCUCAAAGCAGGUAAGAUCACAGCUGAGGAGGCCAGGCGCUCAUCCCAUCUGAACAUCGUGGGGAUGGUUGGCUCCAUAGACAAUGAUUUCUGUGGCACUGACAUGACAAUCGGAACCGACUCAGCCUUACACAGGAUCAUAGAGGUGGUGGAUGCCAUUACAACCACAGCACAAAGCCAUCAAAGAGCCUUCAUUCUAGAGGUGAUGGGCAGACACUGUGGGUAUUUGGCAUUAGUAACUGCUCUGGCAAGCGGUGCUGACUGGGUAUUUAUUCCUGAGAUGCCUCCAGAUGAUGGCUGGGAAGAUCACCUGUGCAGGAGACUUGCCAAUCAAAGAAGUAUGGGCUAUCGUCUAAAUGUCAUCAUUGUGGCUGAAGGAGCUAUGGAUCGCUUUGGAAAACCCAUCACUUGUGACAUGGUCAAGAAUCUUGUCACUAAGAAGCUAGGCUUUGACACUCGAUCGACAAUCCUGGGCCAUGUGCAGAGAGGAGGAACUCCUUCAGCCUUUGACAGAAUCCUGGGCAGUAGGAUGGGAGUAGAGGCUGUGAUGGCUCUGUUGGAGGCCACUCCUGAUACACCUGCCUGUGUGGUCAGCCUGUCUGGGAAUCAGGCUAUCAGACUGCCCCUAAUGGAAUGUGUGCAAGUGACUAAAGAUGUGACCAAAGCCAUGGCAGAGGGCAAGUUUGAAGAGGCUGUGAAGCUCAGGGGAAAGAGUUUUGAGAACAACUGGAAUACGUAUAAGCUGCUGGCUCAUGUGAGCCCCGCUGAGGUGAAGAGCAAUAUAAAUAUAGCCAUAAUGAACGUGGGUGCGCCGUGUGCUGGUAUGAAUGCAGCAGUGCGUUCUGCAGUCAGGAUUGGCAUCUUACAGGGACAUAACAUGCUGGCCAUUCACGAUGGCUUUGAGGGACUCGCGCAUGGAAAUAUUGAGCCAAUUUCCUGGGCCGCUGUUGGAAACUGGACUGGACAGGGUGGCUCUAAUUUGGGAACUAAGAGGAUGCUGCCAGCAAACAUCAUGGAAGAAAUCAGUCUGAAUAUAGCUAAGUUUAAUAUCCAUUCUCUGAUCAUCAUUGGAGGAUUUGAGGCAUUUGUUGGAGGUUUGGAGUUGGUAACUGGAAGAGAGAAGUAUGAGGAAUUGUGUAUUCCUAUUGUUGUUAUUCCAGCCACCGUGUCCAACAAUGUUCCUGGAUCUGACUUCAGCAUUGGAGCUGAUACUGCUCUCAACACCAUCACAUCAACCUGCGACAGGAUAAAGCAGUCAGCGGCUGGAACGAAGCGCAGGGUUUUCAUCAUAGAGACUAUGGGGGGAUAUUGCGGAUAUCUAGCAACCAUGGCAGGCCUCGCUGCAGGAGCUGAUGCUGCCUACAUCUAUGAGGAACCUUUCGGCAUCCAUGACCUAGAGGUAAACGUUGAGCAUUUGGUGGAAAAGAUGAAGACCACUGUGAAAAGAGGCCUCAUCCUCAGGAAUGAGAAGUGUAAUUCCAACUACACCACAGACUUCAUCUUUAAUCUGUACACAGAGGAGGGCAAAGGAGUAUUUGACUGCCGCAAAAAUGUGCUGGGGCACAUGCAACAGGGUGGUACUCCAUCACCGUUCGACAGGAACUUUGGCACUAAGAUGGGUGCUAAAUCUGUAUUGUGGCUGACUGAUAAAUUGAAGGAAUGUUAUAGACACGGUCGUAUCUUUGCCAACACGCCAGACUCUGCCUGUGUGCUGGGCAUGAGGAAGAGAGCUUUGGUCUUCCAGCCUCUUGCUGAGCUCAAAAACAACACUGACUUUGAGCAUCGUAUCCCCAAGACUCAGUGGUGGCUAAAGCUGAGGCCCAUUCUGAAGAUUCUGGCCAAAUACAAGAUCAGUCUGGAUAUCUCAGAGAAGGCAGCAAUGGAAAGUGUGAUCAAAAAGAGAGGAAUAGUCUAAAUACACUCCCUUACACACUCACACACUGGUGCUUCUCUAGUUCAGGGUUUCUACCAUGAAGCCGUCUUGAGUUUUUUGUCAGAUGGUUUCCAUCUAAAGCCGCACACUCAGUGUGCGUGUGUUUGUAUGCACGCAUGCUUGCCCACUUCCUCCUUCUGACCCAAUUUUUGAGUCAUCAUCCAUCAGACCUUAUCAGACCUACACUCAUUUUACAUCCUGACUUGCCUUCACCCACAUGUUUCUUGCUUUUCUUUAUUUGUCACCUGUGGUCCUGUAUGUGCAAAAAAAUAAAUACAUGGGAUUCUGAGACAAUUCAUUACACCGAGACACUAAAGUAAUAAAAUGUUGCCCUGAAACUC